AUGGAAAUCUCAAAAUAUUGUUAUUACGGAACUCCGUUCGAGGAGAUGGAAGAAAGCGAAGGGGUUUCGAAAAAACCGCUAACUAUUGAAAAUCAGAUCGUCACUGAUGAAAAGGGCAGGCGCCGUUUUCAUGGUGCAUUCACCGGUGGAUUUUCAGCCGGUUAUUUCAACACGGACCUUGGAGAACAUGGCAUCGCCCCGCGGCUAAUUAAGACUACCAGUUUCUUUACCGAGAAGGAUGUUAACAGCGAAUCAGAGUCGCGCAGCCAGGAAAGCCGUGUUUGGGACCAUAGGGAACUGGCGGCCGAAACGGAAAAGCUUGCAGAGUUGUUGCAACCGGUGAAUGACUCGAUCGGCUUUGUGCUUUUGAAAAGAAUGGGCUGGCGACCAGGUAAAGGAAUAGGGCCAUUGGUCAACAAGCAGAAUCUCGAAAUGAUAGCUGACAAUGGCGAAAAAGAAAAGAUCUAUGGAUGUCAACUUCCCCCGGGUCUUACCAAGACGGGAACUCAAGAUGAAAACGUGCUUCUGAAACCGGAUGGGUACAAAGUAUCAGUAGAGGACAUUGACGUUCACAUGUUCAAUUCGAAAACCGAUCUCCAUGGACUCGGCUACAAAGGCCUGAUGGCAGGAGAUAUUCUCAGCGAGCGACGCGUCUUGAAGACCACACAGUUUCAACAGUCGAAGAGCAGAAAGGGCAUUUUUGGACAAGCAUUUGGCGUUGGGGCUUUCGAGGAGGAAGAUGUUGACAUUUAUUCGGUCGAAGACCUUUCAAAUUAUGACUUUUCCAUUGGACUUCAGCCUUCAACUAAAGACUCUAAAACCGGUAAAGAGUUUUCUUCUGUGAGCGGUUUUGUUGUUGCUGCAGAUUUCUUGCUAACAGAAGCGACCGAAGAGUUUGUUAUCGGUACCGAAAAACUACAGCGAAAGUUUUAUCCUCCCCCUAAGAUACCGCGCGACUUUAAGCCGGAACAUGUUCCGCUUCACGAGGAAAAUCCUGUUACUGCUGUUGCCGCUGCAGCGACCGUUGAGGGCAGCGGUAAGAAGCACGUUUCAAAAAAAAGCAGCAGGAUCAUCGAAGCGACCGCUGCACAUUGGGAUGACAGCAGCUCCGUGUUUUCGUUGCUAAAGCAGUCGGACCGUGAACGAUUAAUGAAACUUAAAGCGGUUAACGAAGCGAGGGAGCAGCGGCACAAAUCGUCUACUGACGAAACCUCAAAAGCUGCUUCCAGAACUAUUGAAGAAGAAAUGAAGCCGUCCGCUCCGGUAGUUGACUCUCGAAUGUUCGGCGCAGACCGUAAGAAAGAUGAAUUGUACAAGGAAUUUGUAACCUACCUCAAACGAGGUCUGUUAAUGCCGGUACCCGCAGGAGUCACUGAAUGGGAGUGGGAAUCAUACAAAACAGAGUUUGCGGAGCAUGUGCCUGAAAAUCUUAAAGAAAAUAUGGAGCUCACAAAACACGGAUCAAAGCCGUUAGCAUCAAACCACAUAAGCAAAGUGUAUGAAAAAAUUUUGCACUCAAAGUUCACUCAUGGACAGCAGGACGAGGAUGACGAAGACGAGAGACGAACGGCUGGAGAUGAAGACUUGAUCAAGGCUGUUGAGAUGAAGAUGUUUGGGGCGAUGACGCGGCAGAAAUACACGUGGCAUCCUGACAAGUUGCUCUGUAGGCGAUUCAACGUUCCGAAUCCGUUUCCGGAUACUAAUUUUGUGGGAAUUCCCGAGUUGCGAAAGGCCAACAAGUCUUCUAUGCUACUUGAUUUCGAUAGCUUUUCUUCGUCUUCCAGAAGAACCGAGGAGAAAGAGCCGAUUAUAACUCGUGAGAACCGCAACAACCCUCUGAACCUGGACCUUCAUUUUCUGCUGAAACUUUACAUGACGAGUCCACUUGUUCUUCGACUAGUUCUGAGGAUAUACCGGAAAAUUUGGGAACGGUUAAAGCAGAAGAGUUGA